AUGUUUGAUUUUCAAUUCAUAUCCAUAAUCAUUAUUUUGGGAUUUAGUUUGGCAGCCUGGACUGCUGAUCUCCUUAAAAUAGGCUAUGGCAAGCAUCUCUCUCAUUACAUGAAGUUGACUCUGCCCCCAAGAAUAGGGUGGAUCCUCUACGAAUGCCCUAAUCUAAUUUGGUUUGUGUAUUUUCUCCCAGCCAUCACCCUUGAUUUCAACAGCUUGCCCAUUCUAUUGUUCGUCACCCAUUACUUCAAUCGUGUGAUCAUCUACCCUUUAAGGUAUUUGCCAAUUUAUCUAUGACUUAAGACUAUCUCCCCUUGCAAGACCCAUCCCUGUUGAAGUUGUAUCGAGUGCCAUCCUAUUUACUACCUGCAAUGGCUAUAUCUAAAUUACAACUCAUUUAAAUAGAGAUCUUCAAUUAUACCUCCCUGAUUACUUAAGAAUUCUUGUAGGAAUCUUAAUAUUCAUUUAUGGAAUGACGUCUAAUAUCAAAUGUGAUAAUAUCUUGAGAGGCUUGAAGAAGGAAAACUCAAAUGAAUACAAGAUUCCAUAUGGCAAUUUAUUUGAGUUGGUAUCAUCUGGCCAUUACUUAGGCGAAAUAAUUGAAUGGUAAGAAUUAUUAAUAAAUAAAAAAGGUUUGGGUACUUUUUGGUUAGUGGAUAGUGGAGUGGAUUCCUAUUUUUCUUUUCAACCUUGUCAAUUCUUUCAGCCAGAGCCGUUUCAACCCAUAAAUGGUAUAAGAACAAAUUCGACAAUUAUCCAAAACAAAGAAAAGCCAUAAUUCCAUUUAUUCUGUGA